AUGAGGAUUGUAAGAACAUUGAACAAACUCGUCCAUAUUCAUGUUUUCAGAGGGAGUAUCUAUGUAAAGGGUCACUACGGUAUGGAUCUAUGCCGUCAAGAAUUCUACGCAAAUGAUUUCAAUGGUGCAACUUUUGUUGUUCGUAUCGGUGAUUGUGGUAUGAGACGAAUUAGACAGGUAGGUAGAGAAACUUCUCCUAUUUCUUCAUUUAUCUAUCAAACAAUAAACUCAUUUUUACCACUACCGCACACCACUACCCUUCAACCUCAUGGCAUGAACUAUGUGUUGACGUUUGUGACGAAUUUUCAUCCGCAUUUCAUGACGAAGAUUGAUCGAGCGUAUAAUGUACGCUGCUUCUAUGCUUAUGUGGACAAGACGGUGAAUACGGACAUGGAAGUGAGCAACCUGCCAUCGGAAUCACUUGAGCAGCAGGCGACACUGAUGCCCGAGUGUGAGUACUCGAUUCGCGAGGGAACACCGGACGGAUCCAGAGUUCUACGUUAUGGCAUGUUGAUACGAAACUGUAAUGCCAUUGACAAUACCGGAAUGUCGAUUGCAAUAAUUGACGAAAGAGGCUGUCCACAAUCGCUUCCUGUGCAAUUGCGACCGAUCGUCUACGACCCAUCACUUUCGUCAGCCUAUAUGGUCGUCGAAGCGUUUGUGUUUCCGGAUCGUAGUAAUGUUCAGUUCCAAUGUCAAGUACAGAUAUGCGACCGUCGUGAUAAUGAAUGCCUUGGUCUGACGCCACCGAACUGCCCAUUGGUAACACGUAGCGAGUUCGAACCAAAUUCUAUCAUCGAUUCGUCAGUUAAUCCAACUCAGGCUGUCUUUUUUGUAGUGUAUACAGGCGAAUUCGAAACAAUGAAUCCAUGGCGGAAAGAACAAGACGGUAUGGCAGACGAUGACAACAAAACAGAGGCGAAGACACACACGAAGGCAGCGAUAACAGAAGAGAAAAAUUUCAAGGCACGCCAAACAACAUUGAAAAUGCUAACCACUGAGACUACGCCAGAAGAAACUACUAGCUAUCGUAUUCCUCCAACAGAGGUGAAUUUAUUCCAUUGGACAAUUCCGGUGAUUCCGGACAUCAGCAACGAUCGACCACUGGAAAUUUUCGUGAAGAGCACGAGUCCAGCACCGAACACACAAGCUUUACAUGAGAGAACAGGGCGACGACUUGCUGACCAGAUCAUCGACGUGAUGACUGAGGAGCUUACUCUACGGCCCGUAGAUGAUCCGCCAUCUUCGACAGUAGCUGCUGAAUCGCCUCCAGUACCGUCCAGCCCUCAACUGACAUGCCUCAAUCAGACGGCGAUGUUCACAUUAUGUGGUGCAUUCGCUAUCACAGCACUUUUCAGUACUGUGUUCAUUACCUAUCUGUUCAGAGAUGUUUGCCGCAGUUCGGAAGCAGUAAGUGACAGUAUCGAUCGACGAAGCGAUUUACCGAUUUAUACUCGACGGCUUGGCGAUCCGACAUAUGUGAUUACGACACGAAGCUACCAGUGUGUGUAA